ACGAACAUUAAAAGGAAAGAAAGACAAUCUGCUUUCUGCUCUUCAAAAGUAACGAUUUCAAACACAAUUUAGCCGAGUUCAUGGUCAGAGUGAACUGUAAAGACUUCUCUCUUCACUAGAUUACCAAGUGUUCACAGAUAGACAUGAAUAGUCUAUCAUUAAGCGAACUGUGCUGUUUGUUCUGUUGUCCACCAUGUCCAUCACGAAUCGCAGCUAAACUGGCAUUUUUGCCUCCUGAACCAACAUAUUCAUUAAUUCCUGAUGAAACAGGUUCAAAGUUCAGUCUCCAUUUAACAGAACGAGCUGAAUGGCAAUAUUCUCAGCGCGAAUUGGACUGUAUAGAAGUGUUCUACACUAGAACCACAAAAGGAAACCGUAUUGCUUGUAUGUUUGCAAAAUGCUCACCAAAUGCUAAGUACACAUUAUUGUUCAGUCAUGGUAAUGCAGUAGAUUUGGGACAAAUGAGCAGCUUUUACAUAGGACUUGGUUCUCGCAUAAACUGUAAUAUAUUUAGUUAUGAUUAUUCUGGUUAUGGUGGAAGUUCUGGGAAACCAUCAGAGAAAAACCUGUACGCUGAUGUUGACGCAGCAUGGAAUGCUUUACGAACAAGAUUUGGCAUUAACCCUCAGAAUGUUGUUUUAUAUGGACAAAGUAUAGGCACUGUACCAACAAUAGAUUUGGCAUCCCGAUAUGAAGUUGGUGCAGCUGUUCUUCAUUCACCCCUUACAUCAGGAAUGAGAGUUGCAUUUCCAGAUACGAAGAGAACUUGGUUUUUUGAUGCUUUUCCAAGUAUAGAAAAAGUUCCAAAGAUAACCUCUCCAGUGCUUGUGAUUCAUGGAACAGAAGAUGAAGUCAUAGAUUUCUCACAUGGUUUACAAAUACACGAACGAUGUCCACGAGCUGUUGAACCAUUGUGGGUAGAAGGAGCUGGUCACAAUGAUGUUGAGUUGUAUGGACAGUAUCUUGAUCGACUGAAACAGUUUAUUAAUUCAGAAUUAGCAAUAAACUGAUUAGCAGUUCUGAUUAUGUUCAUAUCAAAAUUUUAAUAGAAACAUAUUGUGACUUCUGUAUUUUCAGGUACAAUGUCUGAGAUAUUGUUUGGUCAGAAUUUUAAAUGUGAAUUGCAUGGACAAAGAUAAUUUAUAUUUUUGCAAUUCUCAACAGUUCUUUAACUCAUUUCAUGUGUCAGAUAUGAAAAUGGGUAUAUAUGCUUUUUUUUAGAUAAAACAUUUGUAUACUAUAUACAUGUAGAUCAUAAUGUAUGUAUUAUAAAGAUUUGCCAGCAAUCUCCAUAUAUACAUGUAUACCUAUUUCAUGUCAGAUUAGGAGCAUAGACAUGAUAGCGAUUACAAAACUUGGGAAAAAAAACAACUUUUUAAAAGUAUAAAUGUAUGACAAGAUUCAUGUAAAUCAUUAUUUAGAUACUACAGAAAAUAAUAAUACAAUGAUCAGAUUAUUUAGAAGUGUUAAUUAACUUCAGUUGUGUGGCAGAUCAGUUGUGUUUCUGCAGUGCAUUUACGUAGAGAAGAGUUGAUGUUUGUAAAAACAGAUAAAGUGCUCAGGAAUGGCUGAUAUUUGUAGGAUUUUCAACCCCUGAUUUUCAAAGUACAGUAUUGUUUUCCUCUAGACUUAACAGUGUUUGAUGAUAGUUAAUUUCAUGUUAUAUGUUUAUCUUGUACAUGGCUAUAAGUAAGCUUAAAGUUUGACUAAUACUUUUAUGACAUUAGGGAGAAAUUGGAAAUGUAAGAGCAAAAGUUAAAACAAAAUGAAACUUGUGUAUUCAAAAUUGUAAAUCCCCCUGAUUUUUGGUGUGUUCAAAUUCCAUUUAUAUACAUGGGGAAAGAAAAUUGAUAUGACUGUGGAGUAGUUAUUCAGCAACUUUUAGCAGAUUAAAUUUGUGAAUAUUGUUGAGCUGUAUCGUGUAUUGUGAAGACAAACUAGUCAAUUAUUUGUCAACAUUUCUUUGAUUAAAGGUAUGAGUGUGUAUAACUACAUUAAAGUAAUGUAGGUCAUCAAUCCUGUAGCAAAAUAGCAUAAAAUUAAAAAGUAAAGAAUGGCAAAACUUAAGGAGCAAAAGCAACUUUUAUAUUUUAGUAAGGGUUAUAUAUGUUUAUACCUGUACAUAAUAUCUAUCUUAACUCAUUUUGGACAUGUUAAUGAUAAAACUAAUGAUAAAAACAUUUCUGUACAUGUACUAACAUCAAAUCCAUUUAUGUAAGAUUGACAUUUCAUACAGCAGAAGUGCUAUACUUAAGCUUCAUCCUGAGCUGGUGGCCGAGUGGUCUAAGUAAUCGAACUACUGUAUCACUAGCCUGUCACACUGAGGUUGUGAGUUCAAAUUCUGCACGUAGUAGGUGCGCUCCACUCAAUUGACUAGGAUUGUCAGUUUACCUACCGAAGGUCAUUGUUUUCUCCGGGGACUCCAGCUUCGAAUCCCUCCACUUGUACAAACUUUCCGCCUUGAAAUAGCACAUUUGUGCUGAAAGUGGUAAUAAACACCAAUCAAUCAAUCAUCCCCAGCCAAGUAGUGUGAUCAUAAAAAAGUUGAAAUGCAUCAUUUCUAAGCUAAAAACUUUUUUGUUAAGCAACAGCUGGUCAUGUGAUGUAACAAAACAUUUUGUUACUAUCCAAAUUUAUGGACUUGCUGUUUUUCCCCUGGCUUGAAAUGAAAAUAAAAAAUAUUUUGGUGUAAAUUUUAUCUACCCUUGUCAACUUUUGUAUGACUGUCUCAAUAUUCAUGACAUUGCUGGAAAUUGUUUAUUCUUCCUGUUUUCAAUAGACUUGCAAACAAAAAAUCAAUGAAUAAAUGUACAAUAGUGCAUAUAUCAAUGUAGUAAUAGUAUCAACAUGGUUUGUUACAUCGUACAUGAUAUUUUUAACCGUUAAGCAUGUUUAGUUUUGUAUGAAGAGUUAAUCAUGCAUGUUCUGACAUGUAUAUUAUAAUGUUCAUAUAUGGUUGGCUUCAAGAACAUGACACCUAUUUAGAAUAUUACCAUAAGAAUGGGACCAGUGUUAUACCUAUUCCACAUAAGAAGUACAGAAAUGAAUCAUCAACUUUGAUAUGAUAUAGAAUCAGAGCCCUUAAUUGUUUAAAAUGUUCUAUCUUGAAAAUGUUAGGAAAUAUUAAGUUUGUAGAAUUUUUUCAUUGAAAUCUAUGUCUGUGCUGAUCUUGUCACUAUGCCACCUCCAAAAGUUCUGAAAAAUUUACAUCUUUAGUACUAUUAUAAUGAAACUAGUUGGUGCCCUUUGUGAUGUAACAACAAAUAGGGCAAAAUAUAAGCAUACUUCUUCAUAAUUCCCCAAACAAAAAGUACCAGGGAGGAUAAAUCUCCAUUGCUUGUUUGUACAGUAUUUAUCAAUACAUUAUGUCAUAGAAUUUUUUUUAAUAAAAUAGUGUCCUGUUUUUGAAAUUCAUAAAAACAGGCUUAACCUGAGUUAUAACAAAACCUUAAAAUAAUCAUUCCUAAUAGGGUCAGAAUGAAUAAUUAUUAAAUCAGUGUACCCUGGUGCCUAAAUGCCCAAUGGAAGUAAAUAUUUAUUUAUUUAUUAACUUACAGCAUUCACUGAGUAUUUGUAAGUGAAAUUAUAAUGAAUCAAAGGUCAGUUCAUUAGUGAGGAAAUAAAUGUUAAAAAAUGAUUUAUUUUCAUAGACGUAAUUAUGUGCAAACUUUUUCCACGUGAUAACUGAAUCAUAUUCAAGGAGUGAUGUUCAUUAUUAUUAUUUUUAUGAAGAUUAUAUCUGUAUUUUUGUGAAAGAUUUUUGUUCUGUACAUGUAUCUGUGUUAUAAACUUACGUAAGAUUUCGUCCAAAGAAAGUAUUGUCUAUACCUCUUUUAUUCUGUAAAUAAUUCCUUGUAUAUUGUCAUGAUAGAAUUAUUGUUGAUAUCAUAUUCAUGAAUUGGUAAUAUAAUAGGUAUUGUUUAACUUAUUGUACAUGUAAUAUAUAAAAUCAUGUGUUUUAAAAGUAAUAUGCCAAACAUGGGAAUGAUAUUUCUUGAAGUAUAAGACACAAAAACAACAUUAACAUGAAAAUCAGCAGGGACCAGGCUGGGCUUUGCCAUGUCUCAAAUAGCAGCUGGCAAUUUUUCUGGCUCCAACUUUUUUGGAGCCAGGGCAGCCCCUGAUUCAGGAACUCUUUCUUAUUCAUAUAGUUAUUCCACUUCUAUCAUAACCUAAAUGGUGUGUUUUAUAGAAACGUACAAGAUACCUUUAGCCCAAAUAUCAAUUAGCCCAAUCAAGCAUCUCCUAUAUAGCCAUAUACAUGUACAACAGACAACAUCCCUGUGUCACCAUUAAGUAUGUUUCAAUAGAACACACCUUACACAGGCUUGGAUGUCAAAAACCUUUAAGUGUCUUCUCUGGUUAUGGUUUUUUAGAUACUUAAGGUUAAACAUUAUAAAAUAAAUAUUAAAAAAUGAUGGGAGCAACUUGUAUGUGAAGGAGUCUUUUGUGAGUGUGUGUACUUCAAAGAAAUUCAAGUUCAUGCUUUUGCUCACUUUACCACACUUUUAUGUGUAGUUUUCAGAGAUGGAUAUAUCAAAGAAAUUACACUGCUUUCUUGUUACACACUGCUAAAAAUUUGGUGUACAAUUCAUAAUUGAAUAAAUUCUAUCAACAAAAGUACUUCCAGCUUUAUAAAAUACCCCAUAAAAAAUAAAGCAGCUUUACAAGGAAGCACUGUAAUUUACAAAUAUUUUCCUUAUGGAGUAUAUAUUAUAUUUUUCAAUUGUUCUUAUCUAUUGUUAUAUGUAGAGAUACUUAAAUAUUUUGUUUGGUGUACAAGGACAUUCAUAAAUUUAAAUAAACUGAGAUUAUAAGUAAAAUAUGAAGAGUUCUAUAUUAUGCAGCAAUACUCUUGUAUUUUGUGUAUUUUCAUUAAUCAUAAAUAAUAUGUAAUUACUUCCCACUAGUACUAGCAGGAUUACCUUUAAAUAUAAAUUGGAUAACAGUUUCCUUAUUAUUGAUUUAUUUGUCAUCACUUUAGAAUUCAAAAUAUUCAUUUAUUUUAGAUUGAAUGUACUGUUUUGUUUCUAGUGAUCUCGGUUUUUUUUUUGUUACUGUACAUUGUGUUUGUAUAUUAACAGCUAUUUAUUUAAUUUAAUGGACUAUUUUUCAGUAGGAAGUAUAUAACACUAAGAAAAACCACCAUAUGUAAGCUAUUAAAUUUUGAAUGUUACAAGAUACAAAAUUUUAUUAAAUUAUAUAUUUAAAGCAAAUGAUGGUGAAUAAAAUAGGCAUUAUAGAUAAGAAUGACUGGUAUUACACUUCUUUUCUUUUUUCAAAACAGUUACAAAAUCAACUGUUUUCAUUUCACCCCCUGAAAAAAAGAAAAGAAAAAAAAGAGCACAUUACAUUUAUUUUGUAUGCAUGUAAGUAAAUUUUUUUCUGUAAUUAGUCAUAGGUAAAAUAACUUAAAAGGACAAAUAUCUUCUUUUCCAGGAAGUUGAAUAAGUGCACAUUAGUUAGUUUUCGUGUUUACAUACUUUCCAUAUCAAUGAGUAAACAGGAUACAUAAUCCACGAAACCAAGUGUUGAGGGAAAUGUUAAAUUAUAGAGGUAUGUUGUAAAAUUGUUAUGUUUCUGUUUACAUUAUAAUGAGAAGUAAUCAAUUUAAAAUCAUUUAAGAGUCAUGGAAAGUUAUUUUACCUGAUCAAAAUAAAACUUUGAAUUGUCUCCCUUAGAUACUGCAUGGAUUUUUACCAGAGUUUUCAUGUCAUUAAAUGAUAAAUAAGUAUGAACAGAACAUUAGUAUUACCAAAUGUAUCAAAUUGAUUUGAAUUGGUGCUUUUACAAUGUAAACCAUUCAUGUUUUAACAAUUUGGUUCUUGCAACUGGCAAGUUCAGUUUGGAUUGUAUCAAAAACAUUUCAAAUAGCUUCUGUUUAAAUGAAAUAGAAUUGGGCAUUUGCAAGAAGUAUUUGUUAAAAUAUUUAGAGUUUAUACUGUACAAUUUACUUAUAUGAAAGUAGAUUACCAGUUGUAAGUAGUAGCUACUUGUUUUAAAUAGAUGAGGGAAGGUGUUGUAUGAAGAUGUUAGAUAAAAUUUCAAAAUUAUAAAAAAAAAACUACAAUGUAAUGGAUGUAAAAUUUAGUCAGAAAAAUAAUGUAUCUAUUGCUAUUAAUGACAGAGGAUUUAGUAAUAAUAAAAUUUUUGGUGGGAAAUAAUUUCAAUGUGAUUGAAAUACAUUGUCAUUUUCGUUAAUCCAUUUAAUUGGAAUUAUCUUCUAUUAUCUAAUUAUUUAUCCAAUAAUUCAAUUUAUUUUUAUUUUCAUUUUUAUUUGGAAAACCUCAUAUCUCAUGGUUAUCAAGCACAAACUAGAUCUUAGAUACAUUGAUUUUGAAGCAGUUAAGUUUGUUUGAUAGUAUGAGAUAGAGAGAAUAACAAUCAGCACAUGUUAAAAUUAUCAAUAUCAUUACGAUUUUCUCUUUGUAUUAAUUUUGUUGUGUAAGUAAUUUUUUUUUCUGUUCCUCCUUAUUUAAUUUUGUCUUUAAUAAAUGUAAAAUGAC